CCAUCCCCCAGGUUUUUCGGGUGGGGGAGGGGGUGCGUCUCGGCGAGUCACGAUGAUGGCGGCCACCAUCCUGUGGUGAGGUAGCGGAUUCUCUGCUGAUCUCGCAGAGCCCCUGGCGCUUCCUGCAGACUCAGUGGCUGGCGCCGGGCUCGUGAGGAAGCACGGUGGCUCGUGCUCGCGAGGAAGGCCGCAGUCGCGGAGGCAGCGGCGCGGCCCGGGGCCAGGGCUGGGGGAGAGGCCGCUCUGCAGGGCGAAUGUGACAAGCCCCCACCCCCACCGCUUUCCUCCCUAGUGCGCGAGGAGCGCGGGCGACCCCGGGGCCCCGCCAGGCCACAGACCCCGCCCAGCGGCCAGCACCCGGAGCAGGCCCGGCAGCGGAGCUGCGCGGCGGCACCAUGCUGGUCACCCUGAAGACCCUACAGCAGCAGACCUUCAAGAUCGACAUCGACCCAGACGAGACGGUAAGAGCACUGAAAGAGAAGAUUGAAUCUGAAAAGGGUAAAGAUGCCUUUCCUGUAGCAGGUCAAAAAUUAAUUUAUGCAGGCAAAAUCCUCAAUGAUGAUACUGCUCUAAAAGAAUAUAAAAUUGAUGAGAAAAACUUCGUGGUAGUUAUGGUGACAAAACCCAAAGCAGUGACAACACCAGCACCAGCUACAACUCAGCAAUCAAAUUCUGCCACCACUACCACAGUUAGUUCCUCCACAGCACCAACUGUGGUUCAGGCCCCAACCCCUGCCCCCACUUUGGCUCCCGCUCCCACUCCCACACCUGCAUCUGUCACUCCAGCAUCAACGACAGCGUCUUCUGAACCUGCACCUGCUAGUGCAACGAAACAAGAGAAACCUGCAGAAAAGCCAGCAGAAACACCAGUGGCUGCUAGCCCAACAUCAACUGACAGUACAUCAGGUGAUUCUUCUCGGUCAAACCUUUUUGAAGAUGCAACAAGUGCACUUGUGACAGGUCAGUCUUAUGAGAAUAUGGUAACUGAGAUCAUGUCAAUGGGCUACGAACGAGAGCAAGUAAUUGCAGCCCUGAGAGCCAGUUUCAACAACCCUGACAGAGCAGUGGAGUAUCUUUUAAUGGGAAUUCCCGGAGAUAGAGAAAGUCAGGCUGUGGUUGACCCCCCUCCAGCAGCGAGCACUGGGGCUCCUCAGUCUUCAGUGGCUGCAGCAGCAGCAACUACGACAGCAACGACUACGACAACAAGUUCUGGAGGACACCCUCUUGAAUUUUUACGGAAUCAGCCUCAGUUUCAACAGAUGAGACAAAUUAUUCAACAGAAUCCUUCCCUGCUUCCAGCAUUGCUACAACAGAUAGGUCGAGAAAAUCCUCAGUUACUGCAGCAAAUUAGCCAACAUCAGGAGCAUUUUAUUCAGAUGUUAAAUGAACCAGUUCAAGAAGCUGGUGGUCAAGGAGGAGGCAGUGGAGGUGGCAGUGGAGGAAUUGCAGAAGCUGGAAGUGGUCAUAUGAACUACAUUCAAGUAACGCCUCAGGAAAAAGAAGCUAUAGAAAGGUUAAAGGCAUUAGGAUUUCCUGAAGGACUUGUGAUACAAGCAUAUUUUGCUUGUGAGAAGAAUGAGAACUUGGCUGCCAAUUUUCUUCUACAGCAAAACUUUGAUGAAGAUUGAAAGGGACUUUUUUUUAUCUCACACUUCACACCAGUGCAUUACACUAACUUUGUUCACUGGAUUGUCUGGGAUGACUUGGGCUCAUAUCCACAAUACUUGGUAUAAGGUAGUAGAUUCUUGGGGGUGGGGAGGGGGGUCUAGGAUACAGGGCAGGGAUAAAUACCGUGCAUGUCUGCUUCAAUUAGCAGAUGCCGCAGAUCCACACAGCGUGUAAAAUAUUAUACAACCAAAAGUCAGCUUUUGCAGGUCUUUAUUUCCUCUAUAAAACAGUAGGUAACUUUUCCUAGGUUUCACUCUUUUUAGUGUACUAGAUCCAGAAAUUUAGUGUAAUGCCCUGCUUUAUAUUUCUUUGACUUAACAGUGGUUUCAGAAAGAAUCUUUGCUACCUAGAAUCUACAGUCCCUGUUUUAUGGCAACACUGGAUAAUGGCUUUGUGAAAUUAAAAAACAAAAAAAAAUUG